AAGACACUAGCAAGCACAAGAGGACUUUGUACGGCCUGAAGUGCGCCGAGAACAGCUGAUUGGGCGUGCAAAAUUAGCGUUAAGGGCGCGCGUGAUAGGUGCCCGCAGCAACCGCAACGCUUCGCCGCAACGCUGAGACGUACAACACCCGCUGCACCACCAUGAGCACCAGCAGCGCGCCGCCGCCGCCCGAGGUCACGACGGAACCCACAGAGAGCGACAAAGAAAUAGCAAGACUACGAGAAAGAGUCAAGGAGCUCGAAGCGCGGCUCGCGCCGCCCGAUACCGUAACCACUCUCAGCAAUGAACCUCAGUUCUCGAGCAUCGUCCUCUUCGGCGCCGACGGCAACCUCGCCACCAAAAAAACAUUUCCUACACUAUUUGCAUUGUGGCGGAAGAAGUUACUACCGCGCGAUAUCGUUAUAGUAGGCUACGCGCGCGAGGUUAUGAAUACCGAAGAAUUCAGAAAAAAUAUCGUGUAUAAAGCGAUCUACUCGUCGGCGCACGCGCAACGGGAACGUCGUCGAUUCCUGCAGCGCGUGCACUACUGCUCGGGGCAAUUUGAUGAUGCUAAACAUGUGAGAGAGCGGCUCGCGCCAUUGCUUGCGAAGCUCGAACAAAAACAAAUCCUGGGAGACUGCGCGUCCGACGACGAGCCCCUCCAGCACCGAGGAAGCGUCCAGAGCCGCAUGGUGUUUGCCUCGUCGGACGAUUCGGACGAGGACGUUCCCGUACCUGUGAUACCGAGGCAAGAUAGAAGGCGCGUGCGCGUCUACUACAUGGCCGUGCCGCCGUUCCUCUACUCGAGGAUCUGCCGGUCUUUAGCUCAGGGCGGCCUGCGUUCAGAAACGGGCCGAGACCGUUUUGUUCUGGAAAAACCGUUCGGGAAAUGUGCGCAAUCGUGCGCCUCGUUAUGCAGAGAACUCGCAUCGCUGCUAAGGGAGGACGAGGCCUACCGCAUCGACCACUACCUCGGCAAGGAGUUGGUGAUGAACGUGUUAGUUUUGAGAUUUGGCAACGCCAUCUUCGAAGCAGUUUGGAGUCGGCGGUUCGUGGAGCGCGUGGAAAUUUGCUGCCUCGAAGAAGUGGAUUGUAAGGGGCGAGGGGGUUAUUUUGACGCGUAUGGUAUUAUCCGGGACGUGACGCAGAACCAUUUAGCGCAAUUGUUAGCUCUGGUGGCCAUGGAGCAACCGCUCAGUCUCAAGGCGGACGACGUCCGGCGGGAGAAAGUUAGAGCGUUGCGGGCCUGCAAGGUGCUCGAUAGUAGGGAUGUGGUCCGGGGCCAGUACGACGGGUAUGCGGACGAUUCGUCCAUCACAAAUAAAAAAACAACUACGGAGACCUUUGCCGCUUGCAAGCUGUUCGUGGACACGCCGCGCUGGGCGGGCGUCCCGUUCAUCUUGACGGCCGGGAAAGCCUUGCAGGAGAAGAAGGUCGAAGUGAGGAUUGUGUUUCGCGAGGCGCCGUGCCAGGUGCCUGAACUCAGAGGUGCUUGUAGGAAUGAACUUGUGGUAAGGGUCCAACCCGAUGAACGCGUCUACUGGCGCGUCGCGAAUAAAGUGCCCGGUCUCGAAGAGCUCCAAGUGGAGCCCAGAAGGAUGAAUUUGAUGUACACGCAUACCGAAGUGAAGGACAUGCCGGACGCUUAUGAGAGGUUAGUGUUGGAGGUGCUUCGCGGCGAUGCAACGAACUUUGUCUCCGUCGAGGAGUUAGAUGCUUCGUGGGCCGUGUUCAGUCCGGCGUUGCUGGCGCUGGAAGGUACGAAACCGGAACGGUACGCCUAUGGUUCCACGGGGCCGUCGCUCGAGCGGCUCUACGGGUCUCCGAAAAAGGAUCGGGUGGUGAGUAUGGGGGGGUCGGACCGGUGAGGAGGUUGUGUGUGUAAGAUAGCGCGUUUUCGUGAA